AUGAGUUCAGCAAAUGAUUCUGACGCCUGCAGCGUCCCAGCUGCAUCCUGCAGCAUCCAGUACGCUUUUGAGAGCCACAGUGGAGAAUACUGGUGUGAAAACCAUGAAGGGGAAAAGAGCCGGGCUCUCAACAUCUCUGUUACAGGUGGAUCAGUCAUCCUGAAUGCUUCUGCUCAGCCAGUGAAGGAAGGAUCUACUGUGACUCUAAAGUGCAUUCAGAAGGAUACAGAGGAACCACACUUUAAUGAUUUCUACAAAGAUGGCGUCCGUCUUGGAACCUACUAUGAAACUGAUAUGAUGACCUUCACCAAGGUCACCAAGUCAGAUGAAGGACUCUAUAAAUGCACCAUUUCCCGAGUUGGAGAGUCUCCUGAAAGCUGGCUGGCUGUUGUCAAUCCAAGGUCACCAACAGGAGGAUCUAAUGAAGAGAUUCAGCCUUUGACUAAUGUGCCGAUUAUAAUCAUCAUUUUGUUGUCCAUCGUUUUCACUCUGCUGUUCUGGGUGGUUGGACUGAUUCUCUACAAGAAACACAAAG